UUAAAAAGUUGCUUAUAUAUUAAGACUUAAAACAAGAUAAUAGUAUAGUCAAGUUAGUGUAAUCUAACAAAUAAAGUCCGAACAAAAUGGUAUAUAUAUAUAUAAUCUUAUUUUCGAUUUUAUAGAGAAAAAAAAAAAUUUGAAUAAAAAAAAGUGGUAGGUGUGUGUGAUGUGGGAUUUGACCAAACCACCUACACCCACGCACUCCCCUAAUAUAUAUAUACCCCUUUCAUUUCUUACAUUUCUCAGCUUGGAUGUUCCCUUAGAACUACAAGCUUUAAACAAUUUUUAUAUCAUUCUCAUUUUCACUCCCUAAUAUUUGAGUAAUUGCAAUUUGUACCCCCGAAAAAAUGCAAUCGCUUACUCCAUCGUCGUCCGGAAUAAAUCUCAAAACGUUAAUCCGGUCAAAGAUACAGUCGAAUCGGGUCAACCCGACCCGACUCAUUAUCCGAUGCGUUUACCGGUUUGACUCCGCCGCCGUAAAAACAAACUACGCCGGACAUAUCGGUGGUUCACGCGCCGACUGGCAGAGUUCGUGUGCUAUUUUAGCUAGUAAAGUCGUAUCGGAUCAGCAAAACGGCGGCGAUGAGGGUAACAUCACCGCCGUGAACGGCCAUAAAGUCGUAUCGGAGCAGAAAAACAGCGGCAGGGCCGGCCACAUCACCGCCGUAAACGGCCAUCCAGCGGCGGCGAUUGAUUUAAAUCUAGUUCAAAUUGACAAUCAACCAAAGCCGUUGACGAUAAGUGAUUUCUCACCAGCUCCGAUGCACGGCGCUCAGCUCCGCGUCGCCUAUCAAGGCGUACCCGGAGCUUACAGCGAAGCUGCCGCCGGCAAAGCUUAUCCAAAAUGUGAAGCCAUACCUUGUGACCAAUUCGAAGUCGCAUUUCAGGCAGUUGAACUCUGGAUUGCUGAUCGCGCCGUCCUUCCGGUAGAGAACUCUCUCGGCGGAUCAAUCCACCGUAACUACGAUCUCCUCCUCCGUCACCGCCUCCAUAUAGUCGGAGAAGUACAACUCCCAGUCCAUCACUGCCUCCUAGCACUCCCCGGAGUACGCAUGGAAUACCUCACGAGGGUAAUAUCCCACCCGCAAGCGUUAGCUCAGUGCGAGCUAACGCUUACUAAACUCGGCCUCAACGUAGCUCGUGAGGCCGUCGACGACACCGCAGGCGCAGCCGAAUAUAUCUCCUCCAACAAUCUUCGCGACACUGCAGCAAUCGCCUCAGCACGCGCAGCAGAUCUCUACAAUCUCCAAAUAUUAUCAUCCGGAAUACAAGACGAUUCAAGCAAUGUGACUCGGUUCGUCAUGUUAGCACGCGAACCUAUAAUUCCAAGGACGGAUCGUCCAUUCAAGACGAGCAUUGUGUUCGCACACGAUAAAGGAGGGACUAGCGUGCUUUUCAAAGUGUUAUCUGCGUUCGCGUUUAGGAAUAUCAGCUUGACGAAGAUCGAGUCACGUCCGCAUCGUAACAGGCCGAUACGGCUUGUCGACGAUGCGAACGUAGGCACGGCGAAGCAUUUCGAAUACAUGUUUUACGUUGAUUUCGAGGCGUCCAUGGCGGAUGUUAGAGCACAAAAUGCAUUAGCUGAAGUACAGGAAUUCACGUCGUUUUUGAGAGUUUUGGGAAGUUAUCCUAUGGAUAUGACUCCAUGGUGUCCUUCUCGUGAAGACUAAUAACUAAAAAGAGUUUGAAAACUGUCACACAAGAAAGAUUAGUAACAAACUCAAAAGAAAAAUAUAUGUGUUCUUUUCAUUUUUUUAUAUAUAAAGUUAAGUUACAUUGAAGAUGUUUUAUUUUAGGAUUUUUAUUUUUGUAGUUAAAUUGCAUUUCAUAAUUAUUGUGAAUGUGUAAUUGUUGAUACUCAGUUUUUAAAAAAUUGUCAUGAAAAACAAUGUUUCUGAAUUA